AUGGACUGCAAAUAUACAGUGCCACCCCAUGUCUCCAAAGAAUGCAAGGAUCUUGUUAAUCGGAUGCUGCAGAGGGAUUCGAAGCGAAGAGCCUCAUUGGAAGAGAUUGAGGACCACCCCUGGCUACUAGGAAUCGACCCCUCACCUGCAACUAAGUGCAAAAUCCCUCUUGUCUCUUACAAGAACCUCUCUGAGGAGGAGCACAACGGCAUUAUCCAGCGCAUGGUGCUUGGUGAAAUAGCAGACCGUGAAACCUUUAUUGAGGCCCUGGAAAGUAAUAAGUACAAUCACAUCACUGCCACUUACUUUUUGCUGUCUGAGAGGAUCUUGAAGGAAAAACAGGAAAAAGAAGCUGGGAGAAUGAACAUCGAUGUGGUGGGACGGAUACGACCAGCUCGGAGACCAGAACAGGGCCACAAUUUACAGACCUCAGCAGAAGGAAAGACCAUCUACACGGCUUUAGGUGAAGGAUCCUCCUGCAGGUUUCAGGAGAUCUUUGACCAAAAUGCCUCCACACAGGAAGUAUUCUCCAGGACUGUGGAGCCCCUGCUCAAUGUGUUCGCAGAAGGAAUGAAUGCCUGCGUUGUGGUAUUUGGUGAAACUGACUCUGGCAAGUCAUACACACUAAUCGGAGAAAAAAAUGAUCGAUUGGCAAUCAUACCCUUGACAAUUAAUUACAUCUUUGGUGCACCGUACCUACAGAACUUACAGGCCACAGCCAUGUGGUCUCUUUCGAUAUCGAUGUAUGAGAUUUACGCUGAGGUGCUGAAGGAUUUGUUAGACUCCAGUGGAAUGGACCCUGCCAAUUUAAAGAUUGCAUGCAAUGCACAGGAUGGCACAUUCAUAAAGGGAUUAAACCGUGUCACCGUCUCCUCAGCAGCUGAUGCGACCUCUACCUUCCUCCAAGGCUGGGCACGGCGCACUGGGUCGAGCACGGACUUUGGACCUGCGGAGAGCCCUGCUACUGUUAUCACUCAACUGAACUUGCUGGUGCAGGACCGGAACGAGCAGCAUCCCACCAAGUCGAGCCUGCAGAUCAUUGAUCUACCAGGAGCGGAGAAGCUUGCAGAAGACAAGAGUGCUUUACGCUUUCAAGAAGGCUCCUUGCUCAACAAGUCACUUCUUGUGUUCACUCAAGUAGUGAGUAACCUGGCGAGCUGCCCCUAUCCAGACAGAGUUAUCAACUACAGUGGAUCCAAAUUAACUCAGCUGACACAAGAUGCUUUUGGAGGAAACUGUAAAACUCGGGUUAUUUGUUGUCUACCCCCUAAACCAGAAACCCAACGCCUUGCUGCCGUCUUAAGAACAUGCUCUACCCUCUCUCAAGUGAAAAACUUCCCCGUACUAAAUGACUACUUUGUUGAGUCUCUGGUCACCCAAUAUCGAGCACGGAUCUUGGCAUUGCAGCACCUGUCAGCUGAGGAGAUGGGGGCCAAGGGCGGGGGUGAGAGAAUCAACACACUCAAGGAUCAGAUCCAUCGACUCAACAAUGAAAACGUGCUGUUACGAGAUAAGAAUGAGCGCUUGUACACCAAACUGGAAGAGCUUCAGGGAAAGAUGGGACAGAUGGCUGGAUCGAAAACCGAUCUCUCCUCUAAACUGGUGUUCAGUGAAGAAGAAAAGUUAAAGAUUUCCAAGGACCUAAUUGAUCUGCAAAUUCAGACCAACAAGAUCCGAGAACAAUAUGAAGCUGAGAACUUUGAGCUUAAGAAUAAGAUUUUAUUGCUGGAAAACAGAACAAUGGAGCUGGAAUUGCAGAAGGACAAAUGCGCACAUGAAUGUUGGAUGGCUAAGGAUCAUCUGAGGGCAUUGGAGAAAAAUCGUAAGGAAUUGGCAGAUGAAUACAUUGUCCUGAAGAGCAAUUAUAUUACCCUGAGUAAACAGCAUGAAAAUGAGGUUGCAAAAAACGAUGUGUUGAGCCUGGAGCUCUUGAAUUUGGCCAAUUCUAGGAAUUCGCUGACCCGGAACCAGGACGAGUAUGCGAAAUCCCGGGCCAUUUACGAUGAAGCUACGGCCGAGUUAAACAGAGUAAAGGGUCUUGCAGCCCGGCUCACCAGCCAGAAGAGGAAGCCUGAAGAGGUCUUUGUUUCUGAAUCCGAGCGUGGUACACUUGAGAGAAAUUUGCUAGGUAGCCAAGAUCAAAUCAAAGAACAAAUAGAAACAAUGAAGCAAAACCAUGAAAAACAACAAAAUGCAAUGGAAGAACGAAUAGUAAAGAUGGGCAAAGAACUUCAAGAGGCCAAAAGAGCUAUUCGAAACACCCAACACAAGCUAGCGGAGCAAACAGUGGCACUGCUGGGUUCGCAGAGCCAGCUAAAGGAGUUGGAAACUGAGAACUCUCAGUUACAGCUCCAUCUAAAAGAACUGAACGAGGAGUAUCGCAUGCGACUCGUCCGCUACAUUGAAGAUGUUACUGAAUAUGUGGAUAACACAAUGAAAUCUGGCAGUGACAACACAAAGCCCUCAUCUGACCAUCUUUACUUGAAGCGAUUUGUGGACAGCAUGCUGAAGGACAUUCGAUCUGCGUACAGGUCACGGGAAGAACAAUUGGCGACAGCAGCCAGAAACUACAAGAAAAGGAUGCAGAGUGUAGUCAAGAAACAUGAGCAUCUUUUGAUCGCAUACAGGAUGCAGCGGGAACAGAUUUUAUCGUUGGGCAACAAGGAUUUGGACCCUGGCCCUUCAGAGAUAACCUUGGCGAUCACUGACAGUGAGCUGCUGUCCAACCAGAGCCAGGAGCUCAACCGGCUUCGGGAGGACAAAUCCCAUCUAGAGGCAAAACUCCAAGACCUUCAAGAGAAGGUAAGACUGGGUCGGAGCUCUGCACCAGUCAUAUCUUCCUCGCUCCUAGAGACUGGUGGGAAAGCUGGUAAUGAAAGCUGGAGUGAACUAAGGAAACAGCUGAGAGAGUUUACAUUUACUACACAGGAGGAAUUGGAACGUGAGCGUGCUCAAUUGAUCUCACGAGUCACAGUUGCAGAGGAGCAGUUGGCCGAACUGCAGGAAUACGUGGAUAAACACCUGGGCAGGUACAAGCAGGAAAUCACACGCCUCCGAAAACUCAUUGGGACGGAAGUACCAAGAGCAGCCACCGCUGAUGUUCACCAUCGCUAACUUCUUGGACAAUCACACGGGAGCCUCAGCUUUGAAAUGUAGUAACCCCUGAGGUCGUCAGGGAUUUUCUGAGCAGCUAGUUUAAGUGAUUGGAAAGUGAACAUUGCGAUUAGUAAAAUAACAGAAUAGCAUUUUUGCUGACACUGAACGCUACAGAAAUAAAAGGUACUCAUAUUUACUACUGCCAUGGGGGAAGAGAUUAUGUGCUGUUACCACGUGGAAGUAGACUUGUUCACAAACUAGAGCCUCGACCGUACGUAGGAA